AUGGCCCCCGCCGCGCGCCCGCCCGCCCUCCGCUUGCUGCGCGCCUGUGUCGACACACUGCUGUUGCUAGGGGAGCCGGGCGCCCCCGCCGGCCCCGCGGACGCGUGCGCGGCGCCGGCCGGCGUGCUGACUCACGAGGAUGUGGAGCAUCACUGGCUCGCAGGCGCGGCCCGCACCCACACACACCCACCCCCUCGGCCGCCCCGCCCACCUCUCGCCGACCGCCGCGCGCCGGGCCACUCAUGGCCGUGGCCGGACGCAGAGACGCCCCCGUGCCCUCGGGCGGCCCGCGCCCCUGCCUUGUCACCCCCGCAACCCCCGCUGCGGCCCCCGAAUCCCGCCCCGCACGCCACAAUGCAAACCCGGCCCUCUGCAGGCACGCCGCGUGCGGAUUUGGUGCCCAGCCGCGAGCGCCCCGAGGGCCACUACGCCACCCCCAGGGGCCGCACCCCCCUGCAGCAGCACCUGGACUACUUUGACCUGUGA